AUGUCCCCAUCAAAACAUGACAUUUUGACACAACAAGAACCGAUACAAACCGAUAAUGAUAUUGCAUUUACGCAUUCUUGUGUUAAUGAUGAUAACUCAAGGCUAUACCAACUAGGUAUGCUUUGUGCAUCUCCAGGAAUUUCAAAGGACAAUUUAAGUCACGAAAUGUUAUCUAAUUUGGAUAAAUCGAAUAUUAUCAAAGAUGAUCAAAGAAAGAUAAUCUCCACAAUCCAUACUGAUAAUAAAUCAAUUGACAAUAAAUCGUCUCUACCUGCUAUCUCAAUUAACAAUAACUUAGAAAAUACUUCUCAAACGAACAAUAAUGAAACAUCAAAUCCAUCUAUGUCAUCGAAAAAUUCAUCCAAUGUCUCCUCAACUACUUCAUCUACAUUUGAAUUCAAUAAAAAUACUAAAUCAUUAAAAAGGAAAAGAGUUCCUCCACCAUUAGAUCUUUCAGAUAACACUUUAAAAGGUUAUCGUAACAAUUCAUCCGGUAUCAGCGAAUCAGCAAAUUCUAAAAGAUUAAAAUACCUAAUAAGCACCACUACAAGUAAUAAUAAUAAUAAUAAUGAUGAUAGCAAUGCCAAUGAUAGCAAUAAAGGUGUAUAUUCUAGUGAACAUGAUAGAAUUAAAAGUGCACCACCCAAUAUUUUACAUUUUCCAUAUAAACAUAUCAAUUUACAGCCAAGCAUAAUCAAUCCAGAGAAUUACGUAAAUUCACCUUAUGAAAGAUUUAAUCCUAGAUAUGUUUUUCAGCCAUAUCCACCUUCUUUUGAGCCUCAUUUUAGUGCCAUAUAUCCGUUUCAUAUGCCCUACCCUUAUUUAACUAAUAUCACACCUUCAAUGUUAUACAAUCCAUUUGAAUAUUACAACAAUCCUAUUCCUUAUCCAAAUAACAUCAUACCAUACAUAGAUUCCAAUAGGAGCUUAUAUAAUAUGUGUUACUUAAAUAAAGAAGAACCAGUUAAAAAAGAAGCCAACAAUGAAAUAUCAGAAAUGACUAACCAUAAUGAUAAUAAUAAUAAUGAUAAUAAUGCGAUUAUUAGUGGUGAUAUUAGAAUUAUGAAUGAUAUUUUCACAUUUGAAUUUCUAAACGAUAAAAAAUUAUCUAAAGAUACAUUCUUGAGUAUAUGUAGCAGAGUAUGGGAUGAAAGCCUCGACCUGAGCAAAAAAGAAAAAAAUAAAACAAAAAGGAAUGAGUAA